AUGAAUAAUAUAUAAAAAUUUUUUGAAGACAUUGACACUAUGGAAACCAAAAAAUCAUUUGAAGCAUUUACUAAAUGCAAGGGGACUAUCAUUUUCGGAGCAAAGAAGGACUUAUAAAACAUUAUAGGAACUCUAACUUUAAUAAUAACUCUUAUUGUUUUGUACUUAAUUUUUAUAUUCCCUGCAGCACGAGACUAUUAAUAUGAUGCUCUUGCAAUUAUAAUUGCUAUCUUCUCUAUUCUUCCAAUUAUAACCCUUUUGAAUGUUACCAUGACAGAACCUGGUGUCUUACUUAGGGGAGAUUUACCAGAUCCAAAAUUAUAAUAAUAAUAAAUCAAACCAGAAUAGAUAUCUGAAUAAAAUUAAUUCACUUCUGAAUAAUAUGCUUAAAAAAAUGAACCGCAUUAAAUUGUAUAAAUAGCAGAAUCUUAAAAUUAACUUGAGUAGAAUCCUGAAUUGCCAAACAUUUAUACUUCCAGAUAUUGUACAACUUGCAAAAUUAUGAGGCCCUCGAAAGCUUCCCAUUGUAAACACUGUAAUCACUGUGUUGAUGGAUUUGAUCAUCAUUGCUUUUGGGUUGGUACUUGUAUAGGAAUUAGAAAUUGGAGAGCUUUUUUAAUAUUUUUACAAUCAUCCUUGAUUGUUAUUACGCUAACUUUAUGCUAAUGCUUAUUAAAUUUAUCUAAAUAAUAUUUAGAUAUUUAUGAACUUUGGAUAUUAAUGUUUAAAUAAGCUAGCAUUCCUCUUAUAUCAUUAUAUGGAUUAUAUUUUAUUUGUGGUUGUUGGAGUCAUCAAACAUAUUUGAAUGUUAUAAUUUUAAUGGUGAUGUUCUUACUUCCAAUAAUCUAUUCAGCUGUACUCAUGGAUAUUGAAAAUGCUUAUAAAGACUACAGAUAUUAUCAGAAUCCAUUUGUAACCAUUCUAAUUACAAUUGCAAUGUUGCUAUUCUUUCUUUUCCUUCUCCCUGUUAAUGGUGUGAAUUGCUAUUAUAUUUCGAUAGGAAAAACAGCAAAAUAAACACAUUCAGAAGACCAAUUUUAUAAUAGGAUAAGGCAAUUUGACAAACCUAAAUAUACUGUCUCUGGAGUCUUUCGAAAUUUACUGUAUUUUUAUACAUAUCCAAUACCAUAAAGCCGCAAUUAAUAAUGA